UCCCAUCGAUUUAGUCCCUCCCUGCCACGUUCUAUCCCUGAAAAACAAAACACCUUAAAGAGAAGUGACAAAAUCAGAACAGAGACCUGAAGGAAGAGUGACAACAUGAAUUUCUCAGAGGAGUACUUGGAGGAUUAUUAUGACAUGUUCAUUCAAACUGAUCAAUCAGAGCAGUUAAUUCAGUCCAUACGGGUGCUGUCCAUAGUCAUCUACAGCAUAACCUGUGUCCUCGGUAUCCCAGGAAACUCAUUUGUCAUCUGGAUAGCUGGAGUGAAGAUGAAGAGGACAGUCAACACUGUCUGGUUUGUAAACCUGGCUGUAGCAGACCUCCUCUGCUGUAUCUCCAUACCCUUCUCAUUGGUUGAAAUCAUAUUGAACCAACACUGGCCAUUCGGAGAGGCUAUGUGUAAGGUUAUCCCCUCUGUCAUGUAUCUCAACAUGUUUGCCAGCGUCUUCACCCUGGUUCUCAUCAGCCUGGACCGAUUUGUCCUGAUCAUCCUGCCUGUCUUGGCCCAGAACCACCGGAGCAUCACCCUGGCCUGGUUGCUGUGUGGUCUGGCCUGGGUCCUGGCCUUGCUCCUCAGCCUCCCCACCAUGAUUCAUAAUGGGACCAUCGAUAGUGUCGACAAUGACAAAAUUAUUAUGUGCACCUCUGUACACCCCCUUGGCGAAAACAACAUUAGGGGCUUCUUUUCUGCCAUCAAAGCCACCCAUGUUCCCAGGCUGGUCCUCGGCUUCCUCGUUCCUCUGACGGUCAUCGCUGUCUGCUACCUGCUCAUCGGCAGGAGGGUGAGCAGCGCUCACUUCAAGUCUCAGAGGACCUUCUGGCUCAUUCUGGCUGUGGUGGCAGCAUUCUUUGUGUGCUGGCUGCCGUAUCACACCAUAGGUAUGGUGAUUGGGUAUGGUAGGUUUGCCUCGGCACAUGAAGCCUGGAAUUUGUACCCCCUGGCCAUCUCUCUGGCCUAUGUCAACAGCUGCCUCAACCCUGUCCUGUAUGUGUUUAUGGGCCAGGACUUCAAGGAGAGGGUCAGGGUCUCUUUCCGUAAAAUAUUUGAGAAUGUCUUCAGUGAGGAUGCCAUAACACACACAUCUGUGACUCAUGUCCAAAAUGUCUGAUAACUCUCCUGGGUCGUAUUCAUAAAACAGCAUACUUAAGUUAUAGAUAAUGCUAAGAGUGUGCAAAGCUGUCAUCAAGGCAAAGGGUGGCUACUUUGAAGACUCUCAAAUAUAAAAUAUAUUUGUUUAACACUUUUUUGGUUACUGCAUGAUUCCAUAUGUGUUAUUUCAUAGUUUUGAUGUCUUCACUAUUAUUCUACAAUAUAGAAAAUAGUAAAAAAGAAAGAAAAAGAAAAACCCUUGAACGAGUAGGUGUGUCCAAACCUUUGACUGGAACGGUAUAUUCUUUAUUAUUGGUGUGUAGAAAAGGAACUGGGAGCCAGUGUCUAGAUUACUCUAAUCAAGGCAUUCCAAGUAAAAAAAAUACAUUUUUUAUAGCCAUCCACCACUUACACAUUCCUCUCAUGCUUACUGUAAUAUCUGUCAUUUAAAAAAAUAAACAGUCUGAAGAUCAA